AUGAGAGUGGACUCCUAGUGACCUCUAUUGGCCAUACCAAAACUUACCUAUUUGAAUAGUGCCAUCUAUAUCUACAUUUUAGAACUAGACCUUUAGUGUCGGCCAUAAAUAAUUUAGGUCUUCCAUAAUAAUGAAAGCACAGGCCAUACAAAUAAAAAUCACGUCACAUAGAUGGCGGUAGUGUAGCUGUCUAAAUUUGACAGUUGCUAGUCAGUGAAAAGUUGAAAUGAGCGAAAAAAACGAGUUUUCUUUUCCGUCUUCCGUCCUAAGUUCCAACGGCUCCGUUGUUAAAUUAAAAUGAAACGUCAUCCAGUAAAUGGAGAGUAGAGCGAAUAAUUUUAUUGGGUAUAUAUAAGCUAACGGUCCGCGACCUUGCUCCUUUCCAAAUCUUAUUGUGAUUACGAUCUACUGUGCCCGGUGCUUCUGUUUACAUGUUAUCAUUUACGCCGCCGCGGCUCCUACACGCUCGUCGGCGUUUGUGCUUAUUAGAAAUGUGAAAAUAGAAUACAAAUAUCUGAUAUUGCAUUGAAGGUUUCGUCUAUUUGAUUCAAGUUGAGCUGACCUUAGUUUGAGUGAGGAAUCGACCCACGCCAACAAUAAAGGCACUCCUACGUGGCUUCUACUUUGUCGGACUAUAACAAAACAUGACGAUAAUAAAACUACAUGAUAUGCUGAUACUAGCAUCUCUAUAUUUUCUCUGGUGCAAGUAGGCUCUAAGUAAAAGUGAAUUAUUUUCAUGAAUGUGAUUAAAUUGGCUAAGGCAGUGUAUAUAUUGUGUGUUCAAAUUCUCAUUCAAGGUUGUUCUGGCUGAAGUGUACUUGGAGGACUUCUAGUAAUACUGUAUUGUCUGUGGCAAAAGUUUUGGACUGGCCCAAAAACUCACAUUUUCAUAAUGGAAACCAAUGCAAAAUCGAGUAGUUAAACAUUUAAGAUUUAUCAAACAUUUUUUAAGUGAUUACUUAGAAAAUCUUCCAAAAUAAAGAAAUCAGCAGCAUUCCUGUGCUACAAAGCGAGAAUGGAUGAAAGUGAUGUCAUAAUAUCUUCAACGGAAAUCAUAAAAGACAGACUGUACUUCGCGACCUUGAAGGCUGGAUACAAGCCGAAAUCGACCAGGAAUAGCAAAUACUUUCACAUCGAAGAUGACAUUGUCUACGAGAACUUCUACUUCGACUUCGGUCCGUACCACCUGUGUCAUCUGUACCAGUUCUGCAAGAAGCUGCGGGAGGAGUUGGAGAAGAACCCGAAGAAGAUCGUCUUCUACACAAGUGAUAAUGAGACGCUCAGACUCAACGCGGCGUAUCUUAUUGGGAGUUAUCAGAUAAUAUACCUGGAUGGCAGCCCAGCAACGGUGUACAAGCAGCUGAUAGAUGGGUCCGAGUGGUCUCUCCUCGGCUUCCGGGACGCGUCCGGCGGCCCGCCCCUGUUCGACAUCUCCCUUCUGGACGUGUUGCACGGGAUCAAGGUGGCGCACGACGCCGGCUUCUUCAACUUUGACCACUUUGACGCCGACCAGUAUCUGUUCUAUGAGAAAGUAGAAAACGGCGACCUAAACUGGAUAGUCCCGGGCAAGAUGCUAGCGUUCUCGGGCCCCCACCACCGCUCGCGGCUCGACCGGGGCUACCCUCUGCACAGUCCGGAGCACUACCACGAGUACUUUCGCCGCCACAACGUCACUACCAUCGUACGACUCAACAAGAAGUCGUACGACGCGAGGCAGUUCACGGCGCACGGGUUUGAACAUAGAGAGUUGUUCUUCGUGGACGGUUCCGUGCCUUCGGACCUGAUCGUCAACAGGUUUAUAAGGAUAUCCGAGGCAGCUAAGGGCGCUGUUGCUGUACACUGCAAAGCUGGGCUGGGCCGCACGGGCACGCUGAUAGCCUGCUAUAUGAUGAAGCACCACGGCUUCACAGCUCGCGAGGCCAUCGGCUGGCUGCGGGUGUGUCGGCCCGGCUCAGUCAUCGGGCACCAGCAGUGGUUCCUGGAGAAUGUGCAGCCACGGAUGCAUGCGGAAGGCGAGGCGUUCCGUCGCCGCCACAACAUAACUUCGCUUCCCGUCUUCACUCGCGGUAUAUACUGCGACCUGCCUCCAGAGACCACUGCUAAAGAAGACGAGAAACCGGUGUCCUUACAGACCAUACUGCACAAUAACAAGAACGCUACUAAUAAGCUUGACAACGCAAACGUACUGAACGCCAAUGAGACAGAUUCGGAGAACAACGUGACCACAGUCAUCGGCAAAUACAAGACCACGCCCACACCGAUGCUCCCGAAAACUGUCUUCACCACCAAAAUGAAUUACAUGAUGCCGACCAACAACAUCAGGAACGCCAACAACACAAACUUGAAACCGCAGCCGAGGAUCAUCAACAACACCCUGAAGUCCUAUGCGUCGAAAACGUCGACCUUCCCGCCAACUAGAAGUGCCAAUUCGCAAGCCAAGCUGACCAACGCCAAACAGUUUACAGGUAAAAGCAGUUUUCAUGGACAAAGGGCUAAUCUUGCUCGUCCAACGUUAGGUUACACCCACGGAACCAGCCCACUAAAGACUUUCACCAGGAAAACUGUCACUAAGAUUACAAACAGUGACACCCCUGUCACCAACACGCUGAAUAGUGUAACGUCAACGUUGUCAGCGUUGACGGAAAACUGCCAUUUGAACGGGAAACGGUUACCGUCUGAACCGAAUUUGAAAACUGGCUCUCAGACUAAAUCUAACCCGGGCAAUGUGACGCGAAAGAAGUUAUUCGUAAGAUCAAAUUCUAAUUCCCGUAAGAAACUCCCCAAAAGCAAUCCGAAAGGUCUCGAAUCGACUCAGGACCUGUCCUCGAGCGAUACCAACGUCACCAACAUAUCGGCCGAUUCUCUCGAAUCUCCAUUCAGGUUUAGGAGAAAACGGGACAAGUCCAACAGCCCCGAACCCAUGGACAUAAUUUCGAAUUCGAUCAUAACGGCUGACGUCACGCCGGAAAACUUCGAGGAGACGAAUAAUUCGCAAGGUAACAAAUUAUACAAAAUAAAGGCGCUAAGGAAAAAGUGCCCCGCGUUCGGUGUAAGUUUAUUGAAGAAAGAUGGCGUUCAAACUCGAUCGAGUAGUUGCGCUAGUAGCUCGACCGUGAAAAAGAAAUGAUGCUCGUGAAUUCCAUCCAUGUGGUAAAAUUAGCUAGGGGGGUCACUGUCUUUCCGAUCCGGGCCCAAUAGUGUACAGGUUACCACAUUUUUUAAAUAAUUAGAAAAAAAUAGUAUCAUCGUAUUAUGAACUUCGUAAGUGUUAUUUUUAUAAUUUACUUUCUGUAUGACUUUACUUCAAGUUUGUGUAAAUCUUUAUAAAUAUACCUAUAUUUAUUUCGAAAAUGAAUUUAAAAUUGUUUUCUCGAGUGGUGACCCCCUAACUUAGUGUAGUAAUUACACAUAUAGAUACUCUAUAGAUGUUGUGCAUAGCACAGUUGUAAUAGCGUGGGCAGACUCAUUCCGACUGAAUUUUUUUUUUUACAAUAAUCGACUGAUUUUUUUAUUGGACUCGAAUCAAAAUUGACUAAAGCAUAAAAGAAAUGUUCGAAUUGGUCUGCCUACUUAGGUGUUAGGUCGUCAGAGUCUUUAGUCCGGAAGUGUGUGUUGAGAUGACCAAGUGUCGUGUUAUGUGAGAUUGUAUUGAUCAAACUAUUAAAACUUGAAUUAUCUAUCAGAGGCAUGUUAAUAAUCGUGACAAUUUAUUAACGGUUUAAGCCCUACAAAAAAACAUUUACAAACAAUAAAUCACUUUGAAUGCUUUUGCUGUUUUGUGCCAAAGAAUAUAAAUGAUUUCCCUUUAUACAUUUAUUUCUGGAAAUAAUACUUUUUCCUAACACUUUCUUUAUAAAGAUUUUUUCGGUCAAAAAUAAACUUUUCUUUCUAAUCUUUUAUUAUUCACUUUCUUAAUUUUAAUUUAAUAAAAUUUUAUUAUUUUUUUACGUUAUACAAAAUUGCUCAAUUCGAUUCGCUCAACCGAGAUUGACUUGUACAUCUAAACACAUCAAAACUCGCGUAUUCGUUGUUGGAAACCCCAAAACAUAGCCUAAAUGUUAUAUCAAAUGUGUGUUUGUGUUGGACUUCAUAGUCUAAAACUAGAUCUAUUUAACUAUUAAAAUAAGUAAAUUGUACUAUGUUUUCAUGUGCAAUCUUUAAAAUAAGUUUGUUGUAGUGCUAAGCUAAAACUUGCUGCUAUAGUCACUUCCACUUAUAUUUGCUGAUUAAUUUCUGUAAAUAACAGUUAUGUCUAUAUUUGAUCGUACAGCGUAAAAAUGUUUGUUUUGUGUGGCAUAAAAUUCGAUAUUUUUCAGGAUGUACAUAUUCGACCAUACGCCUAUUAUAUAUGUUGGUUGCCAGUAUAGUUUGAUUUUUGGAAAUAUAUUUAGUAUGUGCUGAAAUGUUAUUCUCCUUGAGUAGCUGUGAAAAUAGAAAAAUAGCAUAUCCCCACUCGUAUGUAGUGUGGAUCAGUGUUGAGUGCCGCAGUAAAUGGAAUGGACCCAAUUGCAUUUCCGUUUCGUCCCUAACGCAUUUCUUUGUAUGAACAAUCACAAUAAUACCUAAACAUUUCCUUUAAAAUAUGUUUUUUCUCAUUAUUUCCGUGUCAAAUAUUAGAAAGGGCAUAAUCUAUACUAAAUAGUAACAAACGUUCGUAAUUUUAUAUAAGACGUAACGACAUAAUUUACCAUUGAUUACACUAGUAUUCAAAGCCAUUUAUCACUUUAUUAAUAGCCUUUCUUUUUAUAGAUAUAUAUCAAUUAGUUAUUAUUAAAUAAACUUUUAUAUAAUUGAUAAAGUAUUAUAGAAUCAUUAGAGAAUCUGUUGAUCGCCAUAGUUAAGGAGAAAUAUUUUUGUAGUAUAUGACUAAGUGAUUUUCCAAUGCCAUUUCGUUUAGCUUCGUGCUAUUUUAUUAUUAUUACAUAAAUGUGACGUACCACGAGAAAAGGUACCUUUAUACGGAGGGCACUCACGAUAUUAUGCGCGUAUAUAAUAAAAAUGAGCAAGACGUCUUGAGCGACUUCCUACCCUAUUUUUUCUCAUAGAACGUCACAUAUUUAUUAUCGUAGAAGGGUAGUUUCGUAAAAAAAAGAAAAAAUAUGACUUGCAUUUACAUAAUUAAAGGAAAAUAAUAUUUCAUUUGACUUGUUAGACAAGUAUGUAUUUGAUGACUUUUAUCUACGGACUAAUAUAAAUAAAAUCCUUUAAAUUUAAUUUUUGAAUUAAAUAUUUUUUGUUGCUAAGUUUAAGUAUCUUUAUCGAAUUUCUAUUAUUUUUAGCAUUUUCGAUAUUUGUUAUUUUUAUUAUUUAUAUUAUGUAUGCUUGCCAUACUUUAUUUAGCUUGCAUUAAGUAUUAUAUAAACUAAAAUACAUAUUGUAAAUAAAAAUAUAAUUGUUCCAAAUGUAUUAUUGUAUGAAAGUGAAUUCUUUUAUGUAAAUUGAGCUGGGAAAUCGCAGAUUUUCUAUUAUAAUACUGUUACGCAUGGACGUACUUGCGGUGUAAAUAUAGCAAUUUAGUGCAAUUCUAUCCAUCUCCGUCAUAAAUCUUAUAAUGCGAAAGAGAUGACACUAAUAUGUCGCGGGUCACUGUCACGCGCUAGAUUUGUGAAAAACCUGCCGAUGAGGGCCGAUGAUUUUAAUUUCAUUUUUCUUUUAAAAAUACAAUUUAAGAGGUAAAAAUAACCUUGUCACGAAGCCAUUCAGGACUUAUGUUUAUUCUUUACAACGCGAGUGCGUCCUACGAUUCUAUCAAAGUUCCGAAUCGUACGAAUUUACUGUGUCAUAUCAGAUUAGUGCGCCUGCGUACUUUACAACGUGCGAGCGUGGUCCGUGCUGUAGAUGUCUUCACUGCAUCUCUCAUGUGUGCACUUCAUCCGCUCCCACCUGGCAAGCUGACGUUCAUUGAAAAGUGAGCUUUAAAGCAUUGUCUUUAGGUAUACUUUACACUGAGAACUAAUUAAUAGCCUGAUCGUUAUUGGUUGUCGUUUUGUCAAUGAAAGGUAUAUCUAAAGAGGAUGUUUUAAAGCUCAUUUUGCAGAGUGAGAGCGGUGCGGUAGAAGUAGUCUAGGACCUUCACACGGGAGUAUUUAAGUAGUUUCGCCUAUGGAUGUUGUAAGACUGUUGUCUCUGCCAUUUUAAUGUAUCUUGUUGUUAGUCACUGUACUUACAACUGUUCCAAAAGUAGGUACUAAUAAAAAACGUGGCUAUAAAAACUAAAUGAACAUGAAAAAUAGUGGAUCUCCAAUCUCACAAACUGGUCUUUUUCAGUAGACCACAAAGUAAAAUAAUAACAAUACCAAUAUGUGUUAUUAUUUUACUUUGUGGUCUUCUGAACUGAAGAUUUAAAUACUUGUUUCUAUAUUUUCAUAAAUUAUCAAUAUCAAGAAGUUCUGCAUAUCUUCAUUGUAUUGUAGUCCUGAAAAUUUUUGAGAAGUCAACUUACUUGAAAUUUUAUUUCGAAGCAAACAAAAAUUUAUUGGUAUAUAUAUAACUUUAACCUAUUGUUUCAAUCAGACCAGCUUGCUUCGUUGUGGAUAAUGGAAAUAAGUUGAAGCGGAGGAAUAUGUUAAUAAACUGCUAUUUUUAAGAAGUUACGCAUUUGUGUUUAUGAUUGUUGAUCGAUUAAAUACAUUUACUCAUGCCUCGCAUUGUCAACACAAAAUUGGUGACUAACGGCCUGCUUCACCGCUUGAUGAUAUACCUGACGGCCUAUAUGUAACAGAAUACCGAACAGAUAAUAUUAAAAGUUCAGUUUUACAAGUGUUUGAUAGCGCUAACUGUCAAAUAACGAUACUUCUAGUAGAUAUCUGUCAGAUGGCAAAAUAAUAUUUUAUCAGAAAGUGAUGGAACAGACCCGAAAUUUAUACAAUACAAUACGAUAAGCUAUCUAGGUUAUUUUAUUCUCUAGUAAUUGAUUGGCUUUGACAAUAGAACAGAAUCAUGUUAUACAUUUAUAUAGCAAAUAACUACAUUAUAGUGUGUUUUGACUUAAAAUAGUUUAUUAUAAUUGUGAGUAUAGUAUGUGUUAGAUAUAUUAUACGCCAGAGUUGAGGCAGCUUUGAGAAGUGACUACUUAUACGAUUUUUUUGUGGUAACAUGUUGCUACUUAGAUUUUAUUGUUAUCCGUUUUAUUUGUUUAGCGAUAUUGUUUACUUUUCAAAAUUGUGCCUUUUCGUUGUUGAAGCUCGGAUUCUUGUUUGUGUAUGUUAUUGGUGUAUUCGUUAUGGGUCUGACGGGAAAUGUGCAUUUCGCAAAAUGAGCUCGUGUUGUAAAAUAUUUUUUUACAUUUUUAGUCUCUAGAUGCUGGUACUAUGGAUGUCAAACCCGUGUAAAGUGCCUUUUUGGAAUCUGUUCACAUUUUGAUAGUAACACAUGCGAGGGGCUCAUUCUUCGAAAUUUGUAUUUUACGUCAGAAAAAAUAUUAUAACGCUUAUAUGUAUGUUACAAAUCUAUUCAUUUAUUGCUAAAUUCAUUAUAUCUUACAUGUACUUGGGUACAACAAACUAAUAUUAUUGAAACUGUUGUUUUUAAAAAUAUAUGAUCGGCCUGGUGCAUAUUAACCCAUUUUUAUCACAUUUUCAAUUUAUACAAUUGUUUUCGUAUUUUUAGAGAAAUGUUGUAUUCUUAUUUUAUGCAAAUUGUGUAUAAAUGUAUGAAAGUAAUUUGCAUCACAUUUCAAUCGCUGUCGCCCAUACCAAAUGACUUUUUUGAAAAUUUAGUUUUCUAAAACCAUGUUCGCUGGACACAACUGUCAUGUGUAUUUUAAUCAAAUGUUAUGCAAUUAUUUUGCGACCAUAUUUUUAAAAAUUAAAUUGUUAAAUUUUGGUGGGAAACGGAGCGCGUAGGAUAUGGGACCAGGCGUUGUAAUGAUAAAUAUAGAUUGUAUAUUGUUUUCGUCUGUUAAUUUAUAUUAAUUAUGUUGUGAUCUGAAGAUUUAAUCAGUUACUAAUGCACUUUACCUAUAGGUAUGUAAUUAUGUAUAUUCUCGACGCAUCCGGUGGUGCGAACGCUUGUGCUUGAUACAGAUUAAAAAGAUAUAUUCCAAUUUAA